AUGAGGACAGCUUGCAACACCAGGGGAUUGUUUAACCAGAAAAAAAAGGUUCCUCCUGUUGUGACAUCUCAGGCCAAAGACAAAAAGUCUUCAUCUGUUGUGUCGUCAGCCCAGCUAGCUCUGGGUGUGGAAGAGGAAGUCAAGUGCCCCAUUUGCCACGAAUAUCUGACAAAUGCAGUGUCCGUGGACUGUGGCCACAACUACUGCCAGACCUGUAUCCUCAGCCACUGUAGGAUGAAGGAACACUUUGGGGAGGAGGUGACGUGUCCUCUCUGUCAAGCCCCGAUCCAGAGAGAGAAUAUUCGGCCAAACUGGCCGCUGAGAAACCUGGUAGAGAAGAUCAAACACUUCCCACUCAGAUUACCCAAGGAGAACCUGUGUAGGAAACAUAAAGAGAAACUCAGCCUGUUUUGCACCGAGGAUGGAGAAUUAGUGUGCGUGGACUGUGAUAAAUCCUCAGAGCACAAGGCACAUGUUACCCUUCUGUUGAGAGAUGCUGCCCAGGAAUACCGGACAAAAAUCCAGACCCAUCUGGAACUACUGAAGGAAGAGAGGGAGAAACUUCAGGACCAGAAAUUGGCUGAAGAAUUGGAAAGCCUGCAAUAUUUGACAGAGUUGGAAAUGGAGAAGCAGAAGAUCAAAUCUGCCUUUGUGGAGCUGCAGUUGAUCCUUGAGGAGAAACAACACUUCUGGCUAUUUCAGCUGGACAACCUGGAGAAAGAGAUUGUGGGGAGGGAGAAACGAAACCUCACCAAACUCUCUGUGAAGAUUUUCCAGCUCAGCAAGCUGAUCUCAGAGAUGGAGGGAAAGUGUCAGCUGCCAGAGAGAGAAUUCCUGCAGGACAUCCAAUGUGCCCUGAGCAGGUGUAAGAAUUUGGAAAAGAAAGUGGUGGACCUUUCACCCAAGCUGGAAAAUAGACUCAGAAUUUGCUCGCAGCAAUGCUCUGCUUUAGAAAAGGCGAUGGAAGAGUGUCAAGUGAGUGUGAACCCAGAGCCGGAUGUGGCUUAUCCCUGGUGCAUCCUGUCUAGUCGUCUGGAGAGUGUGACCAGGGUAUGGAAGAUCCGGGAUCUGCCCAGAAACCCAGAGAGAUGUGACUGCACUCCUUUUGUGCUGGGCAGCAAGGCAUUCACUUCUGGGAGACACUGGUGGGAAGUGAACACAGGGGCAUGGGGGACGUUGGACUGGGCAGUGGGGGUAGCCAGAGACUCUUUGAGGAAGAAGCCCUACGUGCGCCUGAAUCCUAAAGAAGGGGUCUGGGCUGUGGGGAGCAUAUUCAAUGCCUCAGCCUCAGUGUGCCAACUUUCGGCUUUAACAUUCCCUAAGCCGAGCCCUUUGCGUGUGAAGAAACAGCCCAGGGAGAUCCGCGUGUGUCUUGAUUAUGAAGCUGGCCUGGUGGAAUUUUUCAGUGCAGAUAAUAAUGAACUGAUUUUCAUGUUCCACGUAGAAUCCUUCUCUGGAGAGAAAAUCCGACCCUUUUUCUGGAACAGGAAGUCAAGCAGCACAGGAAUAGGACAGGAAGUCAAAAUGUAG